AUGUCGCAGGUCUCAACCCUCAUCGAUGUGGACAAGCCCCUCUUCGAUCUCAGCACCUUUGCUGGGCGCUUCCAGUACUUCGCCUGGAUGACGGAUCCCCGCACCGUGGUCCUCUCCAGCGAUCGUCUGCUCGAGGCCAAGACCAUGGUUGAGCGCUACCGGAAAGGCGAUCAAUCGCCGCAGGUGAAGCCGGAGGAAGUGCACUACAACAUGAAGCUGUACAGCUCCGCCUUUCAUCCGGACUCUGGGGAACUGCAGAACUUUUGCGGCCGCAUGAGUUUUCAGGUGCCCGGUGGCAUGUUGAUCACCGGUGGCAUGUUGGCCUUCUACCGCACCGUGCCCGCCGUGGUUCUUUGGCAGUUCAUCAACCAGUCCUUCAAUGCGGUGGUUAACUACACGAACCGCAAUGCCAAUUCGCCCACCAGCGUUACGCAGCUGGGCGUGGCAUAUGUUUCGGCCACGACAUCGGCCCUAAUAGCCGCUAUUGGAUGCAAGAACUAUUGGUCGAGGAAGGCGACUCCGCUGUUCCAGAGAUUCGUGCCCUUUGCUGCUGUGGCGGCCGCCAAUUUUGUCAACAUUCCGCUGAUGCGACAGAACGAGAUACUGAAUGGCAUCGAGGUGAAAAACGAGGAGGGCGAGAUUGUGGGCCAGAGUAGACUGGCAGCCAUCAAGGGCAUAGGCGAGGUGGUGGUCUCCAGGAUUGCGAUGGCGGCGCCUGGAAUGCUGGUACUGCCUUUCAUCAUGGAGAGGCUGGAGAAGCUGCCUGCCUACAGGCGUAUCAAGUGGAUAAACGCCCCAUUCCAAACCCUGAUGGUUGGCUGUUUCCUCUGCUUCAUGGUUCCCACUGCCUGUGCUCUGUUCCCGCAGCAAUGUUCCUUGGAUACUUCGACUAUGCGGACUUUUGAGCCGGAACUGUUCGAGGAAAUCGAGAAGAAAACUCGAGGCAAUGUACCCGAACGUGUCUACUUCAACAAGGGUCUGUAGAUCAGCUCCAUAUCAUUCAAGGAUUUGGAGCAAGACAAUAAUGUGUUAGUGGUGUCCGUUCUCGUCAUGUUUAAUGUAGCAUUUAUUGUAUCAGAUCGCGCAAUACUUUGCAGUUGUUCCUUGUCUAGUGUCAAUUGUCGUAGCCGCUAAGCUAAAAGAAUCUCAGCUCUAUGAAAAAUUAAUAUUCAAGCGUGUUCCGGUUUUCACAUUUUUAAAUAUAUUUUAAUUGGACUUUAUCAUAAGUUAUUUACUCCUUGUUCCCUGUUUUUGAAACAAAAUUGUCAAAUAGUUUUAAAACUUGUGGUGUCUUUUGGUUAAGUUUAGGUCUCAAAAUAUAAUUUAAUCUCCUCGAAUUCAAAACCGAAGCACGCAAGUACUUAAUGGGUAUUAAUAUUCAUGUAAGACCUUAGCAACUUGGUAUUUCGAAAUAUUAUCAAUAAAGGUAUUAAAACUGCGAUAAUUGAUAAUCUAGAUCAUUUGUAAACUCAUUAAAACUGAAAUACUUGCCCAAAGAUAACAAGAUCUUCAACUUAAACAACAAGAUCACUGCUGAACACUCAUUUCCUGUAAACCUAGAACAAAACCACCCAGGAUAAUGCUUUUUAGAGCCACUAAUAUUCUAACUAGUUAUGUGUUUCAUGUUAGGACUAAUUUACUCACCUGUUUUAAAUAAAUGUUUACAAAA